CGAACACCUACCUAGUGAAUGCAAGCAAGAGCUUCGAUGUGAGUCUGUGGGAGAGUUAACUGCAUAAGAAUUGGUUGCUGUGUGUGUAAAUUCCCCAAUAACCACAUUUUGGAGAAAUGAUUCAUUGUGCUCCACUUGCAAUACAGCUUCCCUGCAAAAUCUCCCACUGUGCAAAACCGUACCAUCUCGUCAAUCAAAGCAAUGCCAAACCCUAUUUCUUCGCCUGCUCUUCUUCUUCGAAUGCUACCACCUCAUCCACCAUUACGCCGGUCAGCGGCGGAAGAAAGAGGGUUAGAAAUCGGAAACUUAAUCCCGGCGAAAAGGAGGGCAUAGUCGAGGAAAUGAGAUUCGUUGCCAUGAAACUUCACACGAGCGACAUCAACGAUGAGGCCGACGGAAUCGCCGCCUCCAAGAUCGCCACAUGGCAGCCUUCCGUGGAGGGCUUUCUCAAAUACCUCGUCGAUAGCAGACUUGUCUUCGAAACCCUAGAACGGAUCGUCGAGGACUCCACCGAUGUCACCUAUGUUUACUUUAGAAGAACUGGUCUGGAACGAUCGACUAGUUUGUUAACGGAUUUGGAAUGGUUUAGGCAUCAGGGAUAUGUCAUUCCACAACCGAGUUCUAUUGGAACUGCCUACGCUUCUUAUAUUGCGGAUUUGGCUGGAAAAAGUGCGCCAUCAUUUCUUUGUCAUCUCUACAACAUUUAUUUUGCUCAUUUAUAUGGUGGCUGUGAGAUCGGCAAACAGGUAUGGCUCUAAAAAUGGAAUUUGCAU